AUGCGUUGCACUAGGCUGCUGCUGCUCAGUUCCGUGCUGCUGGCCAUCUGCUGGGCCAUCUACAAUGUGGACGAGCUGCAGCAUGUGGCCUAUGAUCUCGAGAUCGCCGACGUUCCGAUGGGCUUCGAGAAUUUCAAUUUGAACGCACAGCUGAGAGAUGGCGCAACAAUCAGGCCCGAAGAUAUACCCCAAAUGAAGGAUGUGGAUGCGCGGGACAGGCAAUCGCUUAUUGUUGCGAGUGAAUUUGGACAGAAAUUCUUUUGUUCGUUACCUCAUUUUCGUGUGCGCGAGGUGGCCAACACGUCCAAAUGGAAUUUAACAAUCAAUUUGGUUUCGGAUGUUAUCGCGGCGAGUUUCUAUGUUCAGGACUGCAUACGUAGGACUACCGGAUGGUGGACGUAUGAGCUAUGUUACAACAAGCAUGUGCAACAGUUCCAUUUGGAUGGUAUUUUUUUUUUUGUCCUCUUAGUGAUUUCUGAUUUUUGGAUUGAUUCUUCCUCCUGGCUUCAAGCUUUGUAA